AUAAAAUUAGGAAAAAAAAAUUAAAAUAUACGUUAUAGUAUACACAAAAGUAGUUCAAUGCUGGUUACAAAUGUACACUUGUACAUAAUUUUACGCUACUUUAAAUGAAAGUAAAAGCAUCUCAAACGUGAAAUAAAAAUUCCUUUAAGAGAAAAAUAAUAUAAAAAAUAGUUUACUUUACCCAACUGAGUUGAAACUCAAUUCAGGAUCACUAUUUUGAAGCUAUUUUCCGCCGUUGACGGUAUAUUAGUGUUUGUGCGCGUAUGCUUAUUUUUUGCUUGCUUUCGUGUCAAGUAAAAUCAAUGAAAGCAAAAGUACAAUCGCGCUGUUCUAAAUGAAUACAUACAUACAUAUAUUUAUCACAUACAUAUGUGAAUUGAGAUAAAUUGUCUAAAGCUAAUGAGCGGAUUUCUCGACCAGUUAAAAGAUGUAUUAAUGCCGAUUCAAUGCCGGCGAAAACUCGAAAGCAAAAAGCACUUACGCCCGAAAACAGAAACAAAAACAAAUAACAAAGUUCAACAAAAGGUAGAGAAACAAUACCGUUAAAACGGAUGCUGAACUUUGCCAAAAAUCAGCAUCACUGUUUCGGUAGUGAUAGCAAUAAAAUGAACAAUAAUAAACAUAGCUCGCCUUCGAAGGAUCAGUUUAACACAAAUGAGCAACAACAAGAUUGCAAUCAACUCAUGUAUGAGAAAUGUACUCCACCUCAUUUUAAAAAUUCCUUGUACGCUUCCUGGCAAAACAACACCGUUACUACCAUUAAACGUACUGUCUCCGCCAAGGCAGUUAACGUACCAUUAGCCCACGCAACGGAGUCAAUUCAGUAUAAGGCUACAAGAAUGAAAAACACAAAGCCGAAAACAAAUCAAAUGUUAAAAGCAAGAACGCUGAUGAUGACGGCGUUGGAAGAAAAAAUUAAGUCAAGCACACUCAGUGGCGGAAACUGGAAUUGGCAGCAUCAUGAUUGCUUUCUGACUUUGAUUAACGAAUUCUUUACUCGGGCUUUCAUUCCACCAAAGAUAAUAGCGUCUACAACAGCAAAAACCAGUAAUGCAGCUCGCACUCUACUUAACAAUGGCACCAAACUGGUCCGCCCUGCCUUAACGCUCGCUCCACUAUUUGCAUUGUGCUUCCUAUGCAUCGCUCCGGCGGCAGCCACUAUGUCUUCCACAUCAACCACAUCCACUGCCAAACCAGCAAAUCAUACCCUGACGCCUAUAGUGGCAGCAGUUAUUGGCACAACUACGACCAAGCCAACCGACGGCGCUCAUCAACAAUGUUCGCUGUCCGAUUUUACCUGCUCGAAUACACGCUGUGUACCGCUAAGCAAGUAUUGCAACAAUGUUAACGACUGCGGCGACGGCAGCGAUGAGCCUCGCUUUUGUACACGUUGUAAUCGCACCUACUAUGGGGACAUAGGUUUGACGUAUUCUCUAGAGCUUUAUCGACCGAAGCAGGAUAGAUUGCCUUACGUGUGUGUGUUGACCUUAACUGCAGCUGGUGGUCAACAUGGCGACAUAGUUCAGGUAACACUUGACAGCUUUACAAUUGGAAGAUUCACUUCCUACAUGCAUGACGGAUGCCCAGAUGGAUAUAUGCAGAUCGCCGAAUCAGCCCGUACACCCAUCGGUGGCAUGUGGUGUGGCAGCUCAUGGGGACCAGUUCUGUUUUACAGUGAAACUAGAUCAUUAAUUUUUACAAUUAAAUUGAAUAAGCUGGCGCGGGAUCAGAGCGGCUACAAUUUCGACUUUCGAAUCAGGUACAAAGUUCUAACGAAGGACAGUUCGGUUACCCGCUAUGGUGGCAUCAAACUUGAAGAACUUCGCCAAUGGCACAAUCGCAGCAGUUUUCAAAGUCAAUAUGCGAUCGAAGACUUUACUAAUUCCAGUGGGGCACAUUCUGACCGUUAUGGCCAAGAUUUCAGCUUAUUCAGCGCGUAUACCAAUAACAAAACAUUUAUGGAUUCAUUGACGCCAGCAGUCGAAAGGAAUGUUCAAAACUAUACUGAGCCAAAAUAUUAUUUAGGCGAUCUCAUACCGGGCACUUAUUGUUCCCGCAUAUUCAGCGACUGUGACAGGAAGGCCUGCCGCUUGCAAUCGCCCAACUUUCCUGGCAUUUACCCGCGCAAUCUUACUUGCUACUAUGCCGUGCGACAGCAUGAAGUACCACAUGGCAAGCACGCAAUGAUUCUUGUAAAACAGACAAAGGGUAAUCUAAUCUGGAUAUCAUCUCAAGACACAGGUACUAACAGUAAGCCACCACCCAGCACAGUCGAAAAGGAAAAAAAAUUCGAGCCGCGUUUAAAAACGUGGAGUGAAUGCGACAAUAUUCAGGACUAUGUAACAGUAUACGAUGGCUACACCACACGAGAUCCUAUCGUUUUAAAGUUUUGCGGCGGUGGACAGGCGGUACCACAAGCAACCUCCAGCGGGCCAGAAUUGUUAGUGGAGUUUACAACAUCACCUUUUGGUACAUUUACGGGGACAUCUUCAAAUGUUCUGCCACUUUAUGGUUUCCAAUUAGAUGUUGAAGUUAUUUUCGUUGAUGUAUUGAGUCCAACGUACUCAAAGAAUAAGAAGCCGUGUGAGUUUUGGAUACGUGGAGCUGGUCGUGGCAUAUUAGAGAACCCAAGGCAUUCGCUCGCACCAAAUACGACCUGCCUCUACCAUUUGCAGGGCAUAGGUGUCUUUAAGACAUUUGAUCACUUGAGCCUUUCGCGUCGCACGAGUGCCCAGGGCAUUCAUCAGCCGCUUUCACGUUUCAAAGUUUGGAUCUCGAUGAUGAAAUUCAAUUUGGAUCUCGAUUUUGGAAAGAUGGAUGAGACGUCAGUCGGCGCUAUUGGAGUACUGCAGACGCAAGAGGAUUGUAGUGGAAUGCUACGUAUCUGGGAUGGUGCAUUGAGAGAGCCGCCCGCCUGUAAUGAUCUCAAUUGUGUCAGUGAUGUGUCCUUACACCCUUUACUUUCUCAUUAUAACCACAAUUCAACAAAUGUAAUUGCGCGAUAUUGUCGAGGUACAGUGCCGCGCACUUGCGAUCGUUCCAAUAUCAAUGAAACAUACGCAAGGCCUUGUGCCAUCUCCGAAAGUUAUGUCUCCAGCAGUGAUAGCAUUACAUUAGAACUAAAGAACACAGAAUCAACCGUUUUGCGUCCACUAGAAUUCAAGCUGAAAUAUGAGUUCAUUGACCUACAUCAGGACGGUCUCCCAUUGGUCGGAGGUGAAAUCGACUGUAAUCGCAAAUUUGUCAGCAGUCUAAUGGAGCGCAAGGACCCAGCAAUCUUUCGAAGCGUACGGAAUACAUUUCUAUUCGGUCGUGGCGGUACUCGUAACUUGAAAUGCAUCUACAAAUUUGAAGGGCAGAGGGGCGAACGUAUACGUAUCAAAUUACGUAAAGUGACCACUUUGAAUAGACCAUGUAUGUCGCGUGUGGACGAGGAUAUUAAUCGUUCAUUUUGUUAUGGGGAUACUAACGCUCGUAUUGAAAUAUUCGAACGGCCCUAUCACGACUCAAUUUUAUUACCAAGAGGAUGCCUUUGCAAUUCGUCAAACUCUUCACAUCUACCAGUUGAAUAUACAUCCACUAGCCGUGAUCUUGAAGUGCAUUUAACUGCAAUCAAUAUGACCACGUUAGACGACCCGGACGCUAUCAAUUUCGAAGGAAUGUUUGAGUUCAUCAAAGGACCAGCAAACUGCAAAGAUGGCCGAAGAAAGUUUGGUCCAAGUGGAACUAUAAAUAUGACAUUCGGUGAUAUGGAGUGUCGCACACGACCUUGGCUACUAGAACCGUCAAAUGGAAAUAAAUUUCUAUAUGUACGAUUAAAAGCGAUAUUUUUGCGUAAAUACUAUCCGAAAAAAGCGAUGAACACCACCGUCAUUGGUACAAGUUCAUAUAGGUGUCAAACUAAAGCUCGAGUUGUGCUGACAACUUCCGAAGGUUUGACAAUAACCGCUUGUCCGCUUUCGCUCGAUUCAAAUGUUUAUGAGUAUGUAGAGAUCUUCAGUGCAGGAUGGAAUGAAAGACCGAUUUACUCAAUGGCGAAUCGCUCGAAGGCCAUUAGCGUGGAGUAUCUGCGUCCCGAGAAUGGAGACUUCACAUUCAAUUGGAUGGAGUUGGUUCCAAGACCAGUACUAAGUAUAGCAGAGGACUGUCAGUACAAGUGCUCCGAACUGGGUGCAUGUGUUAACGCAAGCGUUUGGUGUGAUGACGUUGUACAUUGUCCCUCCGGUGACGAUGAGACCUUCCUUCAGUGUUCGGCCAUUAUGAAACUGCCAACUGAGAUAUUAGCCACUUUGUGUCUCAUCAUAGUAUUUCUUUGCUGUGCAUUUGCUGCUUUCGCAUACAAACGUUUUGCUUACCAUUGCAGAAAAAUUAAACGCAAGUUUCGAGGUGCAUCGGUACUGCAGACCCGCCUCAAGUCGUUAAGUUCUAUGGAUACAGCGAUAUUAGAUGAAAAAGAAGUGAUUUGCUGACAAAACGAAAAUUCUGUGCGAUAUGUUGAAAUCGAUCGGGUGACCACAGUCUGACCAGCUUCGAUAAAAACAUUAAAAAUCGCGCAGAAUUGUGCCCCAAAAAGAUUAAAGAUAAUGCUAGGCCUGAUACAAAUUUGUGUAUUCGUUUAAGAGCAAAAAAUCUGGUAUCUCUAAGUACGAAAAGAUUCACCUGUUUUUAUGCAUUUGAAUUUUAUUCCCAUUUUAUAAGAAAAAUUUUACAAAUAUUGUAUGUACUAGAAGUACACAACCACAUCGUCAUAUGUAUGUACAUAAUGGUCUUUGUGUUAUUUUUUAUCAAUUUAUUUUUAAAUAUAUUUACCUAUAUUAUGUAUAUUUUUACACUUUAUUUAUAAGCCAAAAUUAAAGCGUAUAUCUAAUUGGCAAAGGCAAAUUACAACUUGUUAUUGAUUGCGCGCAUACUCAUACAUUCGCAUGUAUACCAUGUGUUCCUAUGUACAUGUAUGUGUGUUCAUAUUUGAAUAUAAAAUAACUUUUAAAUUUUCGUUUUGAUAACAACUUUUCAUUAUUACCAAACUUUGAAUACAGAUUAAUAUUAAACCGCUGGUGGCUAUAGUAAGAAGAGAUCGAUUAUGUCGGUGGUGCUAAAAUAGAAUUUUUUUUUCUGUAGACAAAACUUACCAAAACUAAUUAGAAAAAAAUAUUUCCGCGGCAUGGGAGUUAAUUCUGUGAAUUAAUAUUCCUAUUUUAGAACGUGUCAGUUGUAGUCAGCGCCAUUGAUGGUUGAAAUUAAAAAUGACAAAAAAUAGAUUAAGAAAAUGAGUUUUUUCUUUUAUGCAUCAAUUCGUUCGUUACAAUUUAUGGACCAAAUCAAAAAGCAACCCCUAUUUUUUCUUAAUUUUUUUUUUUUUUUUUGUUAGUGUGCUUCAUAGUUACUGUGAUUGUCAGAAUCUUUUCAUUCCGUAACUCCUGAGUUGCGAUAGAUUCUCCUAAGAAUUAUCGAAUACAAUCAGAUCUGCCCUGAUCUGGUGUCACGCUAACAAAGAAUAUCAUAUACCGCUGUUUUUGAUAAUUUGCGUAUUCUGGUUUAAAUUUAAAGUUUCGUUUAAUUCAUUUAAAGCGUCUCUUCCAGUGAUCACAAUUUUAAAGUAAAUAUUUUAACGCAGUUUUUAAUAUCCCAACCAUACACACACACACCUCCCUCCGUAUCUUCCGACUAGAAGACAAAAACAUAACAAAUUUAUGCUCAAAUUUAUGCGCCAAUUAAAAAUACGUGAUUUAUUUGCGAAGAGCCUUAUGAAAAAAAGAUAAAACCGCUAUUGGUUUUUCUUUUACGGCGUCAAAAGCGUAGGCUGCUUUAAAAAAGUCGAAGGGAUAUUUCCCAAGAUUUGACGCGUGGUGAUCAUCAUAAAUAAUCAUUAAUUUAGAUUUAUCAUAUCACCCAAA